CGGCAUCCACUCUUCAGUGUUUCCUUCGUAGCACCCGGCGUGCAAGCCAUAAAUUGUAUCAUCGCCGCUGCGCGAGGUAAUGAUCAAGCGUGACGAAGCGGUCCGAAAUCAAACCCUCGAUCCGCUAGGACUGCCUUAGGCCGAACCGCUCGGCCCUCCUUGGCUCGGCCAAGAUUCUUAGAACUCCUCAUUAUCUCUCGAACCACAACUUGAACGACCUAUCACGGGUUUCUUCCCCUCAUAACGACUACGACUCAAUACGAUCCAACGUUUAUAGAGGGUAUCUGACUCGAGGCGAGAGAGAGCGAUGGCCUUCCAUCCGUUCGAAGUGACGAUCCCACAUGUGGCCUACGCACUACUUGGCGGUUUCGUUGUGAUAUUUGGGAUGUUCUCGCUACUCAUCCGUGAGAAGCUAUAUAUUGGAGAGGCUUGCCUGGCAUUCCUGUUUGGCGUCAUCAUCGGUCCCUAUGGCGCGGGGGUAUUCGAUCCGAGACAUUGGGGGGGUGGCUCAGAGGAGGUUAGCAACGCCAUAACCCUCGAAUUUACGCGAGUAGUGUUGGCUAUCGGAGUCUUCGCCAUCGGGGUCGAGCUGCCGAAGGCCUACAUGGCCAAACACUGGAAGAGCUUGUUUUACCUGUUAUUUCCCUGCAUGACAUGGGGCUGGUUCGUUUCUGCUGGCCUAAUAUAUGCGCUUGUCCCGGGGCUUAACUUCCUUUCGUCCCUUGCUGUCGCUGCGUGCCUUACCCCUACAGAUCCCAUCCUAGCUGCUGCCGUUGUAGGUGGUAAAUACGCUGACAAACACGUUCCCGCUCACCUGCGGCAUCUCCUUGCGGCGGAGAGCGGGUGCAACGAUGGGGCGGCCUUCCCGUUCCUGUACAUAUCACUUUAUCUCAUCCUCGACAAGUCUACUGGACGAGCUAUAUCUGAUUGGUUCCUGUUGCUUUGGUUAUAUCAGGUUAUCCUUGGCAUCGUCAUGGGCGCCCUAAUUGGAUACGGUUUCCGUCAUCUGAUGAAGUUUUGCGAGCGGAAGGACCUCAUAGAUCGUCAAUCUUAUGUCGCGCAAUACGUCUCCUUGGCUAUUCUUACGAUUGGCGUAUGCACUCUCCUUGGCUCAGACGAUCUUUUGGCGGCAUUCUCCUGUGGCACGGCCUUCGCCUGGGACGGGUUCUUUAACAAACAGACCGAAGACUCGGUCUUCAGUUCCGUGGUGGAUCUGCUCUUCAACGUGGCCGCAUUCAUCUUUGUGGGGGCCUGGAUGCCGUUCAAUCAGUUCUCAAAUGAGGAUCUCACUUUGAGCGUCUGGCGACUGAUUGUCAUCGGGAUUCUGAUACUUCUCCUCAGAAGACUACCCAUCAUAAUCGCACUAUACAAGUUCAUCCCGGAUGUGAAGACUUUCAGAGAGGCUAUUUUCAGCGGUCAUUUUGGCCCUAUGGGUAUCGGUGCCGUUUUCAUCUCGACCUUGGCCGCGGAACAGCUCCCUCGUCCAGAGGGCGCCCCAGAAACCCAGUCCGAACUACUUCAAGCAUCCAUUCAGCCCAUAGUGGCUUUCAUGGUACUCUGUUCGGUGGCAGUCCAUGGCCUAUCCAUCCCCUUCUUUUCCCUAGGUAGACGGGUUCGUUCCGUCUCGCGGACAUGGUCUCGUCGCGACACGCUCAGCAGCGCACCCGAAUGGACGCAUCAGACUCGGAGGAUCGAACGUGGCCAAGAAAUCGUCAUCAACAGAGAUAGCGCGAUGGAAAGAGGCGAAUCUGUUACCCCUGUCGACGACGAGAAGUUGGCACGCAGACGAGAAAGUGGGACACCCGAGGAAAAUGUAGUACAACAGCGCGAUUUUGCAGCAGAAAAGGAUCAGAGUUCCGGAGAGACUGCGGCUGAACGGGAACAAGAAGGUCAUACGAAGGAUGAAAUUCCUCCAGAUGGCGACGACGUGAUCGCCGAGUGGAAAGAAGGUCCGCACAAGAUCAUAGAACGGAGAGCGGGACCUGGUGAAGAGGUCGAGGUCGAAGUCGUCAGAAACGCAUUCGAGUCCAAUGCUGAAAAGAUGACAUCGCUGUAUCGGGGAAGGCAUGAUAUUGUACAUCAAACCGUCGAAGCGAAUCUAUCCCGGUUAAGACACGCCCAGCAUGAAGUGGGCAAAAGCAUGGAGAAAGCCGAGGAGAACGUGCAGCACGGCUUGCACGCUGCUGAGCAUGGCAUGCAGAAUGCGGAACGCCGAGCGGAAGGAGUUCUCCUCCCUCACGGCGAAAGUAGUGACCAAGGUCAUGACCAAGAGCAGGGCGCGGAGGAUGAGGGAUGGAUGUCGGACCACAGUAUCGAAAUCGACGAAUCGUCCCCGUCUCAUGUCAGCUUCUCUGACAGGCGACCGCGGUCGAAGUCUCCGAAGCAGAGGAGUCCUAGCAAGACCGGAUCGUCACGUACCGGAAGACAUCGACCAUCUGGACGAAAAGGUAUUCUCGCGAGGCCUCAGCUCCUUUCGCACAAUCGUACACAAAGCCUUGGCGACCUGGGCGAAGACCACCGUGUCCUUACGCUCGAUAGCCCUACCUCUUCCAGACCGAAUACGCCAGAUAUCCGCCUUCCUAGGCAUUCUCGGAUCCAGACGAUGCGCUCUGCAGCUGCUUCCCGCGAUGCGUCUCCCGCCCGAUCCAUCAGGUUCGCAGACGAUCCUCCGAGUGGAGCCAGCACUCCUCGAGGCCCACUCUCGCCUCGAUCUCCUUCCACUCCCCUUGCAUCUCCGACAUCCCCAACCACAGAUGACGAUUCGCCCAAGACUAAAGUGACGUUUGAUUUGCCGAACCAGAGAUAACCAUUUUGUUUGGUUGUUCGUCUCUUUAUUGCAAUAUCAUAUUAAUGUACGUUUCGCUUGUACGGCAUCGUCGGGAAUGUCGUCUUGGGACUAGUUCCCGGCCAGUGCCUUGGGCAAUGUAUCUAGUACAGCCUUUGACGUGUGUGAUGUAUCAAUAAUGAAGUUCACUCUGAC